GAGAGAGAGGAGGAUGUCUCCAUCCUGGGAGAGAGGCUGGCGGGGGAGGAGGCUGAGGUGGGGGGAGUUCCACAGAGCUGUAAACCACGAGCCCAUGAAUCCACUGCCGAGUUGAGAUGCAACUCCGUACACGUGCUGUUACAUUUUUCAUCUACAUCAGCGUCGACGGUGAAACAACACGUUUAAUCGUCGCUUCCCGUUGACAGACAACAGAGCCUCAUAUAUAAGUCGGACUCGACUCUACGUGCAGUCGCCGUCAUCUGUGUGCACGCGAGGGGCUGCUGACAGCCGCUGCCAUGGAGUCACUGCUGCCCGCACAGCCGGGAAUGAUGGAGAGAGACGAGGACAAGGACGCAAAAAGGAAGAUCCAGUUCUCCGUCCCCUCCUCCGUACCCGCCCAGCUUGACCCGCUACAGGUGGAGAUGAUUCGAAGGCGGAGGCCAACACCAGCUACUCUCUUCAGAACGACAGAUCCGCCCUCACCAGAGGAAGAAAAAAGCCCACACCAGUGGCUUCUGGGAGAAACCGGAGCAGUGAAACUGGUACCGACGUCAACCUACCAGCCUCCCUCACUUAAAGCUGUACAGAGGAUGGCCCAGGCCCAUCUGGCUUCUCUGGAAAUCACUUCUGCGGACAAAGAAGACUCCUCCCCUAUUUUCUCCAGUGAGGAAAAAGAGGCACGAGACGUGGGAAAGAGCCCACAGGCAGACUUACGUACAGAUCCGAUUGGACGGAGCAAACCGUUGGGCAGCGAAGGUUUCUGGUAAAACGUUUGUGGUCCGUACCAAAAACAUGGAGAAGAAGGGGAAGUCAAAGGGAGAGAAAGCAUCAGAAGGAGAAAGAUAACGGAGGACCCUGUAGAAGUCCUAGUACUGUUAGGAACCCAGCUUUCUGAACUCCUGCAUUGGUUGUGUUUUGUGCAUACUUGGGGCUGUUUAGUAUCUCUUUGUGUUUACCACUUUCAUGAGUCCACAGUGUUUUGUCAGUGACCUUGGUUUCUCCUAAAGGACAGCAAGGUUCUCAUGGACUUGGAUUUCAGUUUUCGCACCACUAAAGCUGGGCUGAAGUUCCUUCAUCUUGCGCUAUCGUUAACAUCAGCUGCUUUUCCACAACUGCCCUCUAGUCCAACUUGUAAUAUGUAACAUGUCAAUGUAGUAUCUUCAGAAGAACACGGCAGCAGCUUAUCGCCUUUGCCAUAUUUCACGUGUCAAUAAAUGUGGUUUUAGCCUGAACAGAUUCAAAUCUGGUUCAGUAAGACAGAAAACUUGCAAACGCUGUGUUAAUGUGUAGUGAUUGUGUUUGGGUUCUGACAGACACUGACUUUUAAAACAUGACGAAUAAUGUUAUAAACAUCUGAAUGGUAUUUGUAGGGUCAAAGGUACGAGUUUGAGGUCUUCGGUGUGAUUUAGUGUUAUAUUUAUUUUUCAAAAUGGUAGGAAACGUGGACCAAGCCGUCGACAAAAGAAACUUAGAAAUAUCAUUAACAAAGAAAAUUGAUUUUUAUGAUACAUUCCAAACCAGUAGAGUCCCUCUUAAAUUUUCAACAACAUCACUGAAGGCUUGAAGGGGAUAUUUUCACUAUAGCAGUAUAUAGCACCUCUAGUGCAUAGACGUUAUUGUAAAAAUGUAGUUUCUUUAGUUUUUUGGCACUUUUAGUGUUCCUGACACUUAUUAUUUAAACAGAACUGAGUUGAAUUUAUAAGUAUUUUGGCAGAGGUGACCUUUGUAGUUAACCACUUUGAAUAUCAUUCUACCUUUGGGUUAACUUUACAAUCUCAAAUGCUGCGGUCACUAAAUGAUCAAUGAAAUAGAAAGGACUUCAGCCCUUGCAGCAGCUUGAGCUCACUGUACAGACAGAGAUGCAUGCUUUAAUAAAGACAUAUCCAUGUA